GCGGCUCGUCUCGUGCAUUUAGCAGCAUUACCACGUCGUCUAUCGACCUCCCUACGAUCUUUUAAUCAAUACUUAACCCUAUAUACUGCGGUUUCGAAUGAAGAAGAAGUCGAUGGCGUCAGUCAUGUGUGUCGUGUACUCACAAAUUCUGUUUCUCCUUUCAGCAGCCGACAAAUGCCUGCAGGAUUGUCGAGAAUAGAUCCAAUGGCGCCCUUGUCUCGCAAAGAAGUGCGGAGAUAUGAAGCGGCGAGAAUUUCAGGUCAAAAAGCGGCUGAAUACGUCGCUUCUCGGUGGGACGUCAUGAAACUCUCCCUUACAGACGAGCGGGUAAACGAGAGAGCAAAGAGGGAGAUGAAACGAAAGUCUAGAGGGAGGAGUGAAAAGGCACUUCGUUACUUGAUCGACAAGCGUCGGACGAGUAGAGCUGUAAAGAUGUUUCAACGUCUGCGAAGUGACGACGUUCAAGUGUCCGUUGAAUGUCAAAACCGAUUGCUUGAUUUACUGUGUUUCUAUGGUCUGAAAGAUGAUAGCUUGAUCGAUAACUGGUCGAAAGAGGACGGGGAAAUAAAUACAAAGAGUAAGAUAGAAGAGAAAGAAACUGUUGAUGAUAUUGAAAGGUUGAGUGAACGGCAAGAAACCACAGCGUUUCUUCAUUGGCAACACGGCAAUAGGGCAGCAAGUAAAUUUUAUGAUCAAAUGACUGAAAAGAACGUGGAAACGUACGAGAUUAUGAUUGCAUCAAAGGUGAGAUUCAGUUUAUUUGAGGAAGCUAUGGACAUUUUCAGACAAAUGAGAAGGUUGAGUUUACAGCCACGUAUUGCAACUUACAACAGCCUCAUCAGGGCAUCUGGUGCUAGCACAAAGAACAAUCUGGACGUAGUCACUGAGCUGCUGUCACAGAUGAGCACGAAUGAAGAUCCCAUUAAACCAGACUCAAUAACGUUGACUGUCAUAGUGAAAGCCAUCUCGAAUGCAGGAAAACAGAAUGGCAACUUUCUGUUGCAAAUAUGGCGUGAGAUCACUGAGGCUGGUGUCACACCAACACUUGCAGCAUACAGUGCCUUGCUUAGUUUCUGUGUAAGAAAUGAUCAAGUUGGCAUUAUUUACACCAUCGUAGAUCACUUGGAACGUGAUCCAUCACCUUUACAGAAGAUAGUUGAAGAAGACGAUUUUGACUUUUUUGGCCUUGCUUCUCCGGCUGUAUUAGAUCUACAAGAUGUGUCCCUUGCUGAACGACUUUACGCUUUGUUCUUACGCGGAAGCCCUAUUGCUUUUGCAAAUCCCUCAAGAUUCCUGACAGAUUUAUUGACUGUCAUUGCAAGGUUUGGAUCCGCAUCUAUGUUUCUUCGUCAUUAUCGUCAGUGUGUCCCUAGUAUCUUUAUUCCUACAGAGUACGCUUAUUCAAAGUUUUUCCUUUCUUGUAAACAUCGAGGAGAGUCGGCAGAAGCAGCGUUUCUCUGGAAUCAUGCAGUUCACAUGAAUGUAAGCUUGACACCUGGAUUGGUUGACCAAGCCUUACAAGCCGUUACUAGCUAUGUGCCAUCUCCUCUCGAUCAGAGUGGGGUGUUUAGAACUACUCUUUUGAUUCUUGACUGUAUGGAUGAGAUGGAGCUGACACCAACACGAAAUAGUGUUGGUGGGGCAAUACGUCUGUACGCUGAAGUUCAGCCAUUUGAAGAAGUGAUGGAUUUUAUGACAAAAUGUGUGGCAAAGAAAUGGUCUGCAAGCUACUGGAGCCUAUGCCUGCUUUUGGAGGAGUGUAUUAGGCGACAAGAUGUAGACAAUAUGUUGCUUGUGGUGAGGAUUUUAGUGAAUGAUGGCUAUGAAGUGAAACAAUUACAUCAACAGCAGUUGAGACAACAGUUAAGCUUGAAUGCAAGAGAAGAGGAGGAGCUGGAAGGCUUGCUUUAUAUGCAAAGUAAACACGUAUAGAAUGGACAGCCAUCAGGAGAGGCAGGUGAGGCAAAACUGUGAUGAUAGAGCACUGAUAUUUGACAGUUCAAGUGUAGAAAAAUGCAUGUUGGAUUGUCAGUUAGCUUUAUGUUCAGGUUCUGUAGGAAAUUACAGUAAUUGUGAGACAUUGCUUCCUUCUCAUUGUUUCCUCAUACAUAUUCAAGUGCUGUGUUUUAA